AUGAUGAUGAUGAAGGAGGGUUCCUUGUUGAGAAUUACUUUAAGCCUUCUCCUUUGUUUGCUUUCUAUUCAUCCUCCUAACUUCUGCACUGCCCACUCCCACUCUGAGGUUCGUUGCAUUGAAAGCGAGCGACACGCCCUUUUCAACUUCAAGCAACACCUUACAGAUCCUUCUAACCGCCUUGCCUCUUGGGCAUCUGACGUGGAUUGUUGUCACUGGGUCGGUGUUGUCUGCCACAACCGCACCGGUCAUGUCCUCCAACUCCAUCUCAGAACCUUUUAUCCUCCGUAUGACGAGCUUACUACUUUUGAACAACGGAGAGCCCAAUUUGAAGCCUAUGAUAGGUCAGUGUUCGGCGGUAAGAUAAAUCCUUCUCUGCUUGAUUUGAAGCAUUUGAUUUACUUAGACCUUAGCUACAAUUAUUUCGAUCAUACUCCAAUUCCCAAAUUCCUCUGUUCUAUGGGGAGCUUAAGAUAUCUUAAUCUCUCCAAUGCGGGAUUUGGGGGAUUGAUUCCUCAUCAACUUGGGAAUCUCUCUAAUUUGCACUAUCUCGAUCUUGGAGAAAAUAAUUUAUAUGUGAUGAACCUUCAAUGGCUCUCUCGUCUUUCUUUACUACAACACCUUGAUUUGAGUUAUGCAAACCUUAGCCAAGCCUCUGAUUGGCUACAGGAGAUAAACAAACUCCCUUCCUUGUCAGAGUUGCGAUUGUCAUCUUGCCACCUUUCUACUUCCAUCCUACCGAUGCACAAUAUUAACUUCUCAUCUCUCACAACCCUUGAUCUUUCAUCCAACAGUUUUGAAAACACUUCAAUUCUAUUUUGGGUCUUUGGUCUUCACAACCUGGUUUCUCUUGAUCUAUAUGACAAUGAGUUUCAAGGUCCAAUCCCUGUUCAUCUCCAGAACUUGACUUCACUUAGGCAACUUGAUCUAUCUGUCAACACUUUCAACUCUUCAAUUCCUAAUUGGCUAUACAGUUUUAGUCAUCUUGAGUUCCUCAACCUCAAUUACAAUCACUUGCAAGGUACAAUCUCUAGUGCCAUUGAAAACCUAACAUCUACCAUUAGCAUAGACUUGUCAUACAAUGAACUUAAUGGAAAGGUACCAAGAUCUUUGGGUAAUCUCUGCAAGUUAAGGGAAAUUAGAUUGUCAAGCAACAAAUGGAGUUGUGAGAUGUCUGAAAUCUUUGAAAGUUUAUUAGGAUGUGUUUCAAAUAGACUAGAGAUCUUAAAAAUGGACAGUGCUCAUUUGUAUGGGCAGUUGAUUGAUGAACUUGGGCAAUAUAAAAAUCUAGUCAUCCUUUCUUUGAGGAAUAAUUCAAUUUCAGGUCCAAUUCCAUUGUCUAUAGGAAAUCUUUCCUCUUUGAGAUCCUUAAACCUUCAGAGUAAUCAAAUUAACGGUACUCUCCCUCAAAGUUUUGGACUGCACUCCAAAUUAGAGUAUCUGAAUAUUGGUUUAAAUAAGUUGGAGGGUGUGGUGUUAGAAGUUCAUUUUGCCAAUUUAAUGAGAUUAAAAACACUUGUUGCAUCUCAGAACCAACUAACUUUAGAAAUAAGUGACACUUGGACCCCUCCUUUUCAACUCAACACCUUAGUUUUGAGAUCAUGGAAUUUAGGGUCAAAAUUUCCUCCGUGGCUCUAUUCACAAAAGCAACUUCUGAGCUUGGACAUAUCCAACACAAGGAUUAAAGAUGCAGUUCCUCCUUGGUUUUGGAACUUGUCUUCUCAGUUUACUUAUCUAAAUAUCUCUCACAAUCAAAUCUAUGGAGAGAUUCCACAUAUCCCUUUGAUUUUGUCCUUUCCUUCAAUAAUUGAUGUGAGUUCAAAUAACUUCACAGGUCCAUUACCUUGUAUAUCCUCGAAUGUGACCUUUCUUGAUCUUUCUAACAAUUCACUAUCAGGAUCUAUUUCUCACUUUUUGUGUUACAAGAAGAAUGAGCCCAAAAAUAUGGAAUUUCUCAAUCUUGGAAAAAAUCUUUUAUCAGGGAAAAUAAGUAAUUGUUGGAUGAAGUGGCAAAGCUUGUUUGCCUUAAAUUUGGGGAACAACAAUUUCACUGGUAAAAUUCCAGCAUCCAUUGGAUCUUUAAUUUAUCUUGAGUCUUUGCAUCUUUACAACAACAAAUUCUCCGGAAAACUUCUAUCCUUGUUGAAAAAUUGUAAAGACUUGUUUACUAUUGAUAUUGGCAAAAAUGAAUUUGAUGGGAGCAUACCUAAGUGGAUUGGACAUAGACUUUCAAGCUUGAUGAUUCUCAGCCUUCACUCCAAUAAUUUCUAUGGUCAAAUACCGGAUGAACUUUGUGCUCUAACUUCACUACAAAUCCUUGACCUUUCACAUAAUAAGCUGUUUGGAAGCAUACCUAAAUGUGUUAACAAUUUCAGUAUGAUGGCCAGAGAUAACAAUUCAAAUUAUCCCCUUUUUUUGUCUCUUCUGUCAGUGGCUUAUAGUUCUACCCCUUUUGAAAGUGAAUUGCUUGUGAUUAAGGGAAAUUCUCUUGAGUAUUCCACAACACUUCGACUGGUAAAUAUGAUAGAUCUUUCCAACAACAAUUUGUCAGGAGAGAUUCCUAAAGAAGUGGCUAGUCUCCAAGGACUACAAUCAUUGAAUUUGUCAUUUAAUAUCUUGACUGGAAAAAUUCCGGAGAAUAUAGGUGAUAUGGGAUCACUAGAAUCUAUUGAUUUCUCUGUAAACCAACUUUCAGGUCAAAUUCCUCAAAGUAUGUCAAGUUUGACAUUUUUGAGCCAGUUGAACUUGUCAAACAACAAUUUGAUUGGGAGAAUCCCUUCAAGCACUCAGCUACAAAGCCUUAGCGCAUCCAAUUUUUUUGGAAACAAGCUUUGUGGACCUCCACUUACUGAUAAUUGCACUAUAAAUUAUGUAAAACCAAACAUUGAAAACAAAAGGAGCAAGGGUUUUGGUGGGCAUAUGGUGGAUUGGUUUUUUGUAAGUAAGGCACUUGGAUUUGUGGUUGGGUUUUGGGUUGUAUUGGGUCCUUUACUAUGGAACAAGCAAUGGAGAAUUUUGUAUUUUCAAUUCCUAGAUCACAUAGGGUACAAGCUUAGUGGUGUAGUGGUACAAACUUGGUUGUGGUACACAAUACCUGGGGAGGAUAAUCAGGAGGGUAGGAUGUUCCACUUGAUCAAGGAUGGCAAGGAUGCAAUGUUCAUGACUACUUUGGUGGGGGGUCAUGGACAUAUUCAUGUAUAUGUCCAGCAUCCAAUACAUGACCCUAUACUGGUUAAUAAUGGUAAUGGUGUGACAUUGGACCUUGUUGUAGAGCCUGAGCAUAAGUGUGAGCGUGAGCCUGAGCCUGAGUGGUACAGUUCUAGUGAUGGAAAACUUGCUUAUGAGGAUAGAGAUGACUUCUAUAAUGGUGAUGAUGAUUUUGAUGGUCAGUACUUCUAUAGGGGUGAUGAGGAUGAUAGGGAUGAUAGGGGUAGGGAUGAUUCUGAUUCUGAUGUUGAAAUACUUGGAUGUAGGAGACCUAGUAAGGAACCAGUUGUUGAGGAACCACAAGGGGAUAGGGCUGUCACUACUGAUAGUAAUGAGAGUUCUAGUGAUGCUGAAAUGGAAGGGACUAGAGAAAUGAACCCCAACCAACGGUAUGUGGAUGAAGAUAGUAGUGAUAGCUGGGACAAUGAUGGUGAGGCAACAUUGCCAGAACAAAUGGGGGUUGGUGUAGUGAACUCAAAUUACACCAGUGAGGAGCUGUUAAGUCUAACUGAGUCAUCAUCUAGUGGUGAUGAAGGGGUUGAUGAUAGUGACAGUGAGGGUGAUGGUGAUACUGCUCAUGGACAUGUGGAUAAUGUCACUAGGAGGAAGAAGUUUCCAGUGUUUAAACCAGUUUCUAAUCCUAAACACAUGAGGUUUGAGAAGAAUAUGUUGUUUGUUUCCCCUAAUCAGUUCAAGGAUGCUAUCAUUGAGUAUGCAGUGAAUGGUGGAUAG